AUGAGAUUUCUCUUACCCUGUUUCGAAGUAUUGCCGUUGGAUCCGUUGGUGAAGACCACUUUCCAGCUUAGAGAACAGAGUUUGAUCGAUCUGUCCAAUCCCAGUACCAAAAAUCCCAUAGAUUUUAUUGACACGUGUAUGGAUAUAGUUCUUGAAUUCAGACAGAGUGACGAUUUUGAAAAUGUUUUCAUGUAUCCCGUGUGUGACGUUCAAGACACCGAGAUGGAAAAUUACUCCGAUCACGUUUUAAAAACCAAAGGUUACGAUGUGAUGAUGAUAAAAGACGAUGGUAAGUCUGGACAACUAAACAGGGGAUCAGACAAUUCGCAGUACGUCGCAUUGACAAGACACACAAGAUUGUCGCAUGCUAUGUUAUUGAUGAAAAGUAAAAUUCGUGUUCACUUGAUCGUAUUUUCAAACAGUCCUUUGUCCGACAGUGGUGAUUAUACAGUAGUGCUGCAACAGAAAUUCGGUGAUAACUAUUUGGCUUUACUUAAAAAGGUUUCAAAAAUCGAUAGUGAUGCUAUAAUACAAAGAUUGACUUCAGAAAAUAUAAACUGCUGCGAUCAAUUUCAGGAUUUAUUAACUAAUUUGAAAUCGUUAAAUAAAACCAUUUAUUUAGUGUCUAAGAUUCAACCGGUAGAUGGAAUAAUAUCGUUGGUGAAAAAAACGAAUAAAAUAAAAAAUAUUCGGUUUUUCUUCGUGCUGGAUAAUGCUGCUCCUGGAUUUAGUACCAUUAAUCCAUUUUAUUCAAAACAAAUAGCCAAAGACUUAUUAGUUAACGUCUACCAAAAUGGUCGAUGGGUUACGUAUAAGGAAAUCAAAUUCAUAAAUGUUAUAAAUACCCAAACAUCGAUGAAAAAGACACUUCUCGCUAACUUAUCUAAUAUAUCGUUGAAAAACGUUUCUGUAAAGUAUAUCGGUCUGAAUCCUCAAGACACGAUUGUAGAUACGCGAUACAACAAUGUCGAGUACGACGAGCUAGGCCCUAUUGAGUACUCCGGUCUGGCGUCUGAUGGGUCUUUGAAGAUGGGAGUUGCGCCAUUUAUACCGACAGUUUCUGAUAUCACUGCUGAUCCUAUUCUAUCUUGGGCAGUCCCCAAAAACAUGUCCCUCGAAGAAGCAUCGACAAUUCCGGUGCCAUAUUCAAUGGCGUAUUACAUGUUGAUCGUAAUUAGUGGGAUAACCAAAGAAAAUUCAGUGCUAGUACAUUCUGGAUUAACUGCUGUAGGCCGGGCUGCCAUAGACAUAUGUCUGGAAAAAAAAUGUAAAAUUUAUGUUACCGUAUCCGAUUCUAAACAAAUGGAACUGUUAAAACAGAGAUUCCCAUUGCUUCCACAUUCAAACGUAAUAAUUUACGAAAAAGAGAAUUUCGAAAUUAAAUUCCUCAUGGCGAACCAUAAGAUGGACGUAAUCAUAAACUGUCUAGAAGGAGACGAUUUUUACGCUACUUUUCGAGUAAUUGCAGAUCAUGGAAAGUUUUUCCAACUGACCAAAAGCGACAUGAAAAAGAAAUAUAAAAUGGGUACGUUAAAAUUUCUUAAAUGUAUAUCGUUCUUCUCUAUCGGCAUGGACAGAAUAAUGGCAGAAUGCGAAGAAACAAAACAGGUCAUUCAAAAGUUGAUUGAACAAGGUUUAAAUAACGGUACGAUCAAACCCUUUGAUCGACAUGUACUGACCGGAGCGUGCACGGGAACUCAAGCUCUGGAGACCCUCGAGAACUUGACUCGAGAAAACGAAUUUAAACGUGUCGUAAUAUCCACGUCGAAAGCCAUCGAUGUCGGAAACGCAAUAAACCAAUUCCAAUGUUUCCCAGAUAAAGUGUAUUUCGUUAUCGGAAACGCAUGUGACGAUUGGUUGUGUCUGGUGGAAUGGUUGGCGCAAAGAGGUGCGUUGAAAGUAGUCGUGGGCUUGGAAACACAUUCACUGACGCCGACAGUUUCACGGAAGUUCAACAUCUUCCUUGAUCGUUAUAAGGGUAUCACCGUGCAAUUAGUGUCACAGUCAUUAUUGGACACCGAACAAUCGGCUCACGAUUUGUUGAAAAGUUCGACAGCAACGUAUCUAUUGGCUGCGGUAUUCUUCGUGAGCGGUGUGGAAGAAAAAAUGAUCGAAAACAUGCAAUUCGCGAUGGGUCAAAUCGUCACAAAACACAAUCAAAAAACGCUGUUCACGUGCUUAUUCUGCGGUGGGGCAAAAACGUGCGAUCAAUUAAAGUCAACUGGCGUCAACGCUCUGUGCUUGUCGUGGGGCCAAAACGGUGACAAACCUAAGCUCAGCAAGAUCAUACCCAUACUGGAAAAUUUAAUUAUGAAAUCCGACGCUCUCACCAAUGCCGUAGUCGUGUGCUCGGAACACGAGGCUGACAAAUGGACACGUAUGACAAUAUUAUUUAUUUAUUCGUAUAGCAUUACCCAACGGACCGCAGUCCCAAAUUACAGAUAGCUUAAAGAUAAUAUUAAAUAUACACAACAAAUACAAAUUAACACAGAGAAAACCAUAUUAAUUAUUAUGGUCAAAAAAAAAAUAAAGGAGAAUAACAUCGACUCAGAAACUAUGGAUUUUAAGAUUGACUUCGCUAAUAAUAUUAUAUCAGUAUACUGUCGACUAAACUUCCAAUAAACAUUAAUCAGCUUAGUCU